GAACGUUGGAGCAGCAGCGGAGAUGGAUAUAGCAAGAUACAGACGUGAGACACGCGCUAAUAAAGCACAGAUGUCAUGCUGUCGCGUUUCGUGUGCCGCUGAUCUCCGCGUAUUUGGUUAGUUCUAUUUGCGCCGUUCUAUCUGCGCUGCUCAUAAAAUUCGCUCUUUUGAGAUUUACGCAUUGUGAUACGAAUUGUGAUUUUAGGAAGUGCUAACUAACGGAAGAUUGCCAACGGUAUUGUCUUCUUUGUGAAGCUAAAAUAAGUAAUAAAAUAGUCAUGGAGAAUUACACAUCGGACUCCAGCGACUCGGAUUCUACCUUAAGAACGUUGGAUCUAUCCUAUCUGGUAUUGGACAACGAAGUAUUAGAUAAACAAUUCCUCAAUACCAAAAGUCCAGAGCAAGUGGAUACCUUAUUGUUGAGUCAGAAUCUUCUCACAACUAUACCUGCCAAUAUCAAUAGAUUCAUCAAUCUGAAUUUCCUCGAUAUCUCGAACUGUGGCCUCACCAGCUUAUCAGAUUUUUGGGCGGAUUGUCCUUUGACCUGCUUGAUUGCGAAACACAAUAACCUAACCAAUGGUGGACUAGCGAAAGAUUUUGAAAAUCUCGUUAAUUUAAGGGAACUCAAUUUAAGUGGUAAUAGACUCACGGAAUUUCCUAAUCAAAUUUUUGAUCUAUCUGGAUUAAAGUAUCUUUAUUUGGGUGGCAAUCAUAUCAGCGAAAUUACCAAGGACAUCUGGAAACUGCAAGGAUUGCGAGUUUUGUCGAUGGGAAACAACAGAUUGACAGAAGUACCGUGCACCCUUGGUCAACUGAAGACCCUACAAGCUCUCGUACUUUGUGAUAACAUGUUAGAGAGUCUGCCAAGCUCAAUAGCCAAUUUAACGAACUUGAAAACUCUAUCGCUUCACAAAAAUAGAUUACGGACAUUGCCUACUGAGAUAAUAACGUUAAAAUGUCUCACAGAGUUGUCUUUACGAGAUAAUCCAUUGGUGGUGAGAUUCGUAUCUGAUAUGACACACAAUCCACCAUCGUUGUUGGAGCUAGCAGCGCGCAUCAUCAAAUCCAGUGAUAUUCGUUACAAUAAUGAAAGUAUACCGCACAACUUAGUACAGUACCUUAAUAGUGCCCACAGUUGUGUCAAUCCUAAAUGCAAAGGUGUUUUCUUUAAUAAUCGCGUGGAACACAUUAAAUUUGUCGAUUUCUGCGGCAAAUAUCGCUUACCAUUGUUGCAAUACUUAUGUAGCAGCAAGUGCAUCGAACCACGCGAUAACAACGAGGAACCCGUCAGUGGUGCAAUGAUUAGAAAAGUUCUUCUCGGCUAGUGAAAUUUUAAAAAUAUAUUUCUGUAA